AUGCCGAAGCUCGCCGUCCCUCGUUCACCUACCUCCGUCUCCUCCCGCAUUAUCCGCUUCUAUCACCCUCGCCCCCACGCGAGAAGCGCAUCCUCGCAUUCUCCAAUCCGCCAUGACAUCCCUCGAUCACCAGCUCAAACCCAUCUACCUCUCCUACCAUCUCGGCCAGGGUCAGGCUUCGACUUCAAAUACUCGCUUACAGAUGACCUCAACCCGCCAAAUGACCACAAACCCCCCGAUGAGCGGGUCAUAAAGCUCGGAAAGACUCUCCGGACACUCUCCCCCUUGCUUCCGACGAUUCUCACAAACCCGCUCCCACCACAUAUCCUCUCACCAAGCGUAACCCUCCACCUCUUUCCCUCGACACACCCGCACCUUCCCACCGUCAAGGGCCGCACCCUCUACCGUGCCGCACUAUGGGCUGUGCCAGUGGCAUGGAGCAGCGUCCCGCUGGUCGGGAACGUGAAGCUGCAGAUCUUAAGCGAGCGGAUCGUGCGCGGUGGAGCGGUCCGGGGUCAGCAGAUGGACUCGGCGCAUGUUGCACCAAAGAACGGAGAUUCCGGCGAUGAGAGGCUCGUUGUGCGCUGGCGGACAGAACGGACGCAAUCAACUUCGACACCGUCGACACCACCGCCAUCCGAACCGCGAAAGCCAGACGCAGGAACCCGCGACGAGUCGAAAACGAACACCAACAAAGGCCUAAGCGUUCUGCUAGGCGGCGACGCACCGAUCUUCAAACCCUCGCGCGACGACCAAUUCACGGGCCUCUUCAUCUUCUCCUUCGACGAGGAGGGUCGUGUCUUGACCCAGACGAUUGAGCAUGCUGAAGAUGCAGGCGGGUGGGAGCGCACGGCGAAGUUUGUCACGCUUACAGAUUGGCUGAUUGGGAAGGCAAGGGGCUCAUUGGAUGCGCCGCAACCCGCGGGGCUGUGCUGCUCUGGUGCUGGCGCUGGUCAGGAACAUAAACAAGAUCGGUAUCAGCAGUGGCGGGGUGAUGAGGGUGGCGGGAGGAUUAGGAUGUCAACGGGGUCUGGGUCUUCGUUAUGA